AUGUCUGACCAGGAGCAAAAAAAAACAAAUAUUGGCAUAGCUCUCGGCUGCCUAGCCGCUGCCGUGUGCAUCUCGUUGAUAGUGUUAGCUAUGAUAGACGCCAGGAAGUGGCCUUUUGAGCAGGUUAAGUACAACUUCAGUACUGUUUUGUUUAACGUUCCCAAGGAUGACUCGUAUGAUGCUCCGGACAUAUACGAGCUUUACGGUCGUAAUGCGCCGAAGAAUCUGCAGUAA